AUGGCAGACCAGAUCGAAGAUGUGCUGGAGCUGUCCCACAACCUCCAGGAUGUCACGUCGGAGCUGUCUCAACAGAUCAAGAUGAUUGAUUUCAAGGGGGUGGCCCAGCUACCACCCCUGGAGCAGGCCCAGUUUUAUUCCAAGCUGGCCUACGUGACCAACUCGGCCAUGUUCGCCUUCAUUCUGGCGUCUGGAGGCGAUCCCAAGACCCACCCUAUCAUGAAGGAUCUGGACAGGGUCAAGACAUACAUGGGCAAGGUUGCACAUGCUGAAGGCAAACCUGGACCAGCUCGAAAGGACGAGAGAAACACAAAGGUGGACGUUCCUGCAGCAAAACGAAUUAUUUUUGCCCAGACGGAGCGGGCCAUUUCAGCGGACUCCAUCAAGGAGCCUGAGACUACCAGUGACGCGGCCGAGGCGUUCCUCAAGGACGUGACCAAGUCGGCGAGUAAAAAGGACAAGAAGGACAAGAAGGACAAGAAGGAUAAAAACGGAUCCAAGGAUAAGACGGAGGAGAAGACACAGAAGAGCGCCAAGAAGGAUAAGGCAAAGGUGGUCAAGCCUAAGAAGGCCAAGAAGAACUGA